AUGGCCAAUGCGGGUCUGCAACUGCUGGGCUUCUCGAUGGCCUUGCUUGGCUGGGUGGGCCUGAUAGUGAGCACUGCCAUUCCGCAGUGGAGGAUGAGCUCGUAUGCGGGCAGCAUCGUCACGGCCCAGGCCAUGUACAAGGGGCUCUGGAUGGAGUGCUCCAUGCAGAGCACUGGCUUGUCAAGCUGCAAAUCCUACGACUCGGUGCUCGCCCUGCCGGCGGCCUUGCAGGCCACUCGAGCCCUAAUGGUGGUGUCCAUAGUGUUGGGCUUCAUGGCCAUGUUGGUCGCCACGAUGGGCAUGAAGUGUACAAACUGUGGGGGAGAUGACAAAGUGAAGAAGGCCCGCAUAGCCAUGACGGGAGGCAUCGUUUUCAUCGUGGCAGGUCUUGCUGCCUUGGUAGCGUGCUCCUGGAUUGGACAUGACAUUAUCACCGAGUUUUAUAACCCCUAUACACCCACGAAUGCCAAGUAUGAGUUUGGUCCUGCCGUCUUUAUCGGCUGGGCAGGCUCUGCUCUGGCUCUCCUGGGAGGUGCCCUGCUCUCUUGCUCCUGUCCCGGCAGCGAGAACAAAGCCGUAUACCGCGCACCCCGCUCCUAUCCUCAGUCCAAUUCUGCCAAGGAAUACGUGUGA